CCAGCUGUGCUUGUCUGCCCUUUUCCUGCCCUCGCUGUACGUGUGGCGUCAGGGACGUCCGCACGCUCCUUUACGUCACACCGCCGAGCGCCUCCAGCUGACUCCUCAUCCCCGGAAGUGAUGUAGAGCAGGGAGGGAGGGGGGAAGGCAAGCUGGAGUGUCGCUGGGAGCCGCGGAGGCUUUCCACAUGAAGUCCUGGAAGUCAGAAGGAGACUAAGCAAUAGUGAAAUGACCCGUUAUGUAUUUGAGAAUACUAUGUUCGUCAGCUUCCACUGAUGGCAUGUUGAAGUUCAGUGAACAGCAGCUGAGUGGGUGUGUGACUGGAAGGGGACUGCUCUAAAAGCUGGGCUUGCAGCAACAUGGGCCAGUGUGUCACUAAGUGCAAGAACCCUUCUUCCACCCUUGGCAGCAAGAAUGGAGAGAGGGAGUCCAGCAGCAAGUCACACAGCAAAAAAAGUGCAGUCCACAAGGAAGAACAUCCCUCAGUAUGUGGGAAAUCCUCUGGGGAUAUACUUGUCAACGGGACAAAGAAAAUGGAUGCUGCUGUAGAGUCUAGUCAACCUCCGACUUUCUCUGGUGAUGCAAAGAAAGAGCCUGUUUCUGGUGCAGAAGAGUCUUCACUCCAAAGGAUCGGGGAGUUAUUUAGGAGAUAUAAGGAUGAACGUGAAGAUGCCAUCCUGGAAGAAGGCAUGGAACGUUUUUGCAAUGACCUCUGUGUUGACCCCACUGAAUUUAAAGUGCUAGUCUUGGCUUGGAAGUUCCAGGCAGCUACCAUGUGCAAAUUUACAAGGAAGGAGUUCUUUGAGGGCUGCAAAGCAAUAAAUGCGGACAGCAUCGAUGGCAUUUGUGCUAGGUUCCCCAGCCUCUUAAAUGAAGCCAAACAAGAAGAUAAAUUCAAGGAUCUCUAUCGUUUCACCUUUCAGUUUGGCCUGGACUCUGAAGAAGGACAGAGGUCGUUACAUCGGGAAAUAGCCAUUGCCCUUUGGAAGUUAGUUUUCACACAGAAUAAACCCCCUAUAUUGGACCAGUGGCUAAACUUCCUAAUUGAGAACCCCUCAGGAAUCAAGGGAAUCUCCCGGGACACAUGGAACAUGUUUCUAAAUUUUACUCAGGUGAUUGGACCAGAUCUUAGCAACUACAGUGAAGAUGAGGCCUGGCCUAGCCUCUUUGACACCUUUGUGGAGUGGGAAAUGGAACGACGGAAAAAGGAAGAGGAAACCAAAUGUAUUACAUCUUCAGACACGGAGGGUCUGUGUCCAGAAGAACAGACUUAACAGCAUUUGUGCAGCAGUGACACAACCAACCUGUUGCCCUUUUGUUUAGUGUAAACUCUGGACCUUUCUGGAAAUUACUGAGGCUCCAGAUUUUUCUACUUUACACCUUUCUCUGCCUUGUAUUCGAAAGGGCUCUAAAAUGCUGUAUCAUGUUUUAGGCACUUUCUUAAUUUGGGUUAUUCCUUUUACUCUUGUCCUGAAAUAUUUGACCCUGGCUACAAGUUAAACAGUUGUGGGGGUUGUUUUUUGUUUUGUGUUUUUUUUUGUUUGUUUGUUUGUUUUAAGCUUUCAGAUUAGUAAAUUGUCUGACAUUUCUUGCACAAUGUAGAUCUUUUUGUUAGGUUAAAUUAACAUUGCUAAAUUAUACAGUGCCAGAUUUUCAGUUUUGCGUACUACAUCUAUCAGGGCAGGUCUGUACUGUGUGUAGUGCUGUUUACAUUGUUGAAAUUUUAGGCUGUAAUAAUAAUUUUGAAGUUUUAUACCAGGAUGAAUAGCAGUGUUAACUGUUGACUACAAAUGCAUUAAUUCCAGAUAAUGGGGCUCGAAAAACAAUGUAAGCAACAGCUUUUUGUAAUACAGCUGACUCCCAUUUUAAGCUAACUCUCAGUAAAAUGAGUCCAGGUCAUUCCCCUUUUUGGUGAGUAUUUAACUAAAGCUUUGCCUUUUGUUUAUUAAACUAUAUUGUACUUGUCAGCCAACCGAGUGCAAAAUAACACUUUAUAUCCGAAAUCAUUAAUGUGCCGCACACAACAGAGCAGCACUACCUCAGUUUUAUUGGAAGUAGGUGUUCUUUAUGGACUUUGAUUUCUUUUGAAGUUGCAUUUUCUUGGCUACAUGAAAAUACCUUUAUUUGACUAGAAGAGCCAAAGGUUCUGCUUCUUAACAUUGGAAAACAUUAACAAAUGCAUAAUAUUGCCUCCAAGGAAAACUGUGGUAUAACUGCUUUAACUUGUUUGACUUGUACUGAAAAGUAUUAUCGGCUUACUUGCCUGGCAAGUGCAGUAUGCCUGCACAGGAACCACCUCUGCAUUAAUGCUGAGAAACCAUUUUUUUAAACCUAUAUUUAAUUGCUAAACCAUUGCUAGUGCUCCAUAUUCACUGGAGCAAAACCAUUGGCACCUGAUGACACAGUGAAUUCCUUAAUGUGUUUUUAAUGACAGCAGUGUAGGCAAGUCAUUUUUAGGUUGAUUUAAUAAUGUUUAAAUAGGACUCAGUUUAUUAUUUUAAAUGACCUGUAUUGGGAUUAUUUACCUGUUGAAACUGUUGUGAUCUGAAAAGGGAGUUUUAUUAACACUGGUUGAAAUGUUUUUUUGGGGCGUUUUUUUAGUUAUUGACGCUACCUUUUUUUAAAUUUUAGUAUAUCAGGUUUUUUAACACUUUUUGUAAAAGGGAUAAUAGCUAAGGUUUCUCUCAAGCUAAACAUUGGCGCCAUGUAUAUUUGAUACACUUCCAUUAUUUAUCUAUCUUUCAGACUAGCAUUUCUGGGUCAUAAAAUGGCUUCAAUUAAAAAAACAAAACAAAAC